UCUUCGUUUCACUUUGAAUAAUAUUUAUGUUCGUAAACUGUGUAGCUACAGUUAAACGGUAGUGGAUGAUUUUACAGUUAAUUAUUUUCCGCAGCAAUAAGUCUUAUUUAAACCAUCUCAGAGUGCAGAAACACCAAACAGAUCGGAAAUAACAGACGUAAUUACCUAACUUGUAAGCUGGGUAAUCACUACUUAUACACUCUAUAAUGCCUCGACCGCAGAAUGUGCAAACUGUUCUUGUGCUUUCGCUUCUGCUGUCAGCUUCCGAUGGCUACGUUGUACCGGCCGGAGCCGGCUACGUGGGCGCCGGUUACAAUAUCUUGAUCGGCAAUAACGACGGCGACCACUUGUUUAGCUAUAGCGGUGGACCGGACGCCGGCAUGCUGUCGACAAAAAUGAUCUUGGACAAAGUUCUGGCAUCGGCACCCGGCGAAGACUACUGUGCCGACCAGAGUAUCGUAUGCAUGGGAUCGGCGGAGGAAACAACGGAUAAUCAGGAAGCGGUAGUGGCGGAUUUGCAGCAGCUGCAAAGAUUAUAUGCCACUGCAUGGAUAUUUGACAGUGAUCCCGAUGAGCCGCCACUACCUCUGGAAACCGAUUUAGCGGGAAGCCGCAGCGCCACCAUGAACGAGGCGAAAGAAGUACUGGAAGCCAAAGGCAAUGUCAUUUUGGAUACUCGCAACAUCAUUACGGUAGCGGAAUUGCGGAUGAAAUACAAAUCCACCGGAAAACUAACCACUGAAUUCCUUAACGAUCUUUGCAAUCUCCCGGCAGACUACAACCGCGAUGUGUACCGACGGUUUUUCUCCACAUGGGGCACACACGUCGUUGUAGCGGUGAAAGUCGGUCGUCUCGUCAUCAGCCGCGACGAAAUCCCCGUGACCUCGCUGAAUAAUCUCAUCAUGAAAGCGCCGUCCCUGGCAUCUAUCGUCCAUCUGGACGUAGCCACUUCGUCCGUGUCGUACGACAGUUCCGCGUUCCAGAAUCCAUUUAUUGUGGAAAAAAUAAUCGAAUUAGCCAAGCAGGGCAACUUUUCCGGCACCAUCAAACAUCAGUUCACACGGGGAACGCCCUCCGCACCUACGCCCAUUCAACUGACUCUUCGGCGCAUCGAUACUCUUUUGACGAAGAAUCUGCUGGACAAUUCGUAUCCCAAUAUGAAAUCUUAUUGUCCAAAUUACAUUACCGCAGAGGAUAAACUUAACCAGACCAGAGCAAAUAUGCGACAGGGAUUGUAUGAUUACCCGCAGUACUUUCCCUCACCGAGUUUUGGAGUGAUUUCGCGAUCUUUUCAGUUGGAUUGGCCGCAUGGAACGUAUGCGCUGAUCAAAAACACUAAUUGUCCCGAAACCGGAACGUUUCCCAUGUGGUCCGCCGCGGGAUCACUGCGACUGCGCGAUCGAUUUGGGAUGUUCGCAGAAUCCCUGCCCAGUACGGAAUUCGACGUCCAACUAACGCCGCGGCGCGGCAAUCGGGCGGAUUUAACCAUGAAAUUCUGUGUGAAAUACGCCGAUGGAAUUAAUGGCCGGUAUGACUGGCCGAUGGGAUCGUACUGCAUUUUCAAAAAAGAUAAAUGUCCAGCAGGUUUUGCCGUCGGUUCCAUCAGUAUUCGGUCGCGGAAAGCCUUCCUCGAGAACGAUGCGCUGCCAGAUGGAUAUUAUUUACGCCGCACUAGUAAUCUGGAGUUCUGUUGCAGAAAUGAUCGGGCUAUUAACGAAGCCAUUAUCUUGCCGACAACACAGCCGUUCACCUUAUUGUCCAGCGGAGGACAGUGCCAGAAAGUGCAAGGUAUGCGUUCAAGUCUGCGUGUGCAGAGUUUUCGCAAAGGUGAAUUGUCGGGAAUCCAUCCGUACAUAACGUCAAACAGCCGGCAACGGGGCGUGCUUGGAUUAAUGCGCCUUUACUUUUGUUAUUAUCAGCCAAAUGAACCAUAGAAAUCGGCAACGAUUGCAAUUCUGCAUCGCAAACUUGUUAGAACACACGUAUGCAUUUGCAGUCAUACAAAGCCGUUCAAUGACAAACACAAUGUAAUUAAUUUUCGUUUGUGAAACUUCGUCAAAUGACGACGUAAUACGCACUUUCCAGUGGAAACUAAUUGCUGAUCCGACAAAAACAACCAAUAUUUUAUUCGCGUUUCCUUUAAUUUAACUGCUUAA